GUACAAACACACUUGGAAAAUCAGUCUAGAUACCACAUACAGCAAAGCCAGAGGCACCAGGUGAAGCAGUACCUGACCCUCGAUACCAAGCUGUCCAGCCAGACACUCUCCCUGUCCCACUCCCACGCCAUCCAGCCUGCGGGAGUGACCUCCGUUGUACGAAGCGGGCACAUGCCUCCCGUCAGUGAUAUUGGCACAGCAGAGAGCCCCGUGACCAAGCUGCUGGCCCUUGGAGGCGAACACGAAAAUGCGAUGGAAGAGGUGAUUGAAGACAUAAUCAAUAUGGAGUCAAGUUUUAAUGAUGAAGGGAUAGGUUGUUCAGAAACUCCUUUACUAAUGCAAAGAACUCUAUCUAGCAGUAUUUUGGAUAUAUAUAACAGUGACCAGGGAACGGCACCAGCUAAUAUGGGUCUCACAAAUGCUUCUUGCCCAGCAAACCUACCAGUAAAAAGGGAGCUCACAGAAGCAGAUACACGAGCAAUGGCAAAGGAGAGACAAAAAAAGGAUAAUCAUAAUCUCAUUGAGAGAAGAAGAAGAUAUAAUAUUAAUUACCGAAUCAAGGAGCUUGGCACACUCAUCCCUAAGUCUAAUGAUCCUGAUAUGCGCUGGAACAAAGGAACUAUUUUAAAAGCAUCAGUGGAGUACAUCAAGUGGCUACAAAAAGAACAACAGAGAGCCAGAGAAUUAGAACACAGGCAGAAGAAAUUAGAGCAUGCUAACAGAAGACUUCUACUCCGAAUUCAGGAACUAGAGAUCCAGGCACGUGCACAUGGCCUUCCAGUCAUGUCUUCCCUCAGUGCUGUUGAUUUAGCUGCACACGUCAUCAAGCAACAAUCUUAUCCAGAGGAGAACUCUGCAGACUACUCUCAGCAAAUGCCUCUGGCACACGGACCAAAUUCUGAUGUUUGCGAUGGAUCUACAGCCUUUUCUGAUCCACUAUCACACUUUACGGAUUUGUCCUUCAGUGCAGCUUUAAAAGAAGAGCAACGACUAGAGGAAAUUUUACUGGAUGACACAGUGUCACCGUUUGGAACAGACCCGCUCUUGUCCUCCACAUCCCCAGCUGCAUCAAAAGAGAGCAGCAGGAGAAGCAGCUUUAGCACAGAUGAUGGAGAUGAUUUAUAAAAGCAGAAAGGGCCUCAUAUUUCUCUAAACCACUUGCUAAAAGACUGAGUUGAAUGUAAGCAUGGUGUUUGUGCUUAUUUUAAAUACGAAUAAGGAGAGCCACUGUGAAGAUAAGUUACUACAUGACAAGGGUUUAAAUCAGCCCUUACUUCACAGGAAAAUAAGACGGACAUGAACUCAUAUCACUCUGCCCCAAAUUCACACCAUCUGUUCACAGCUGACAUUUGCACAAAUCUUUCU